GUCCGACCCUUUUGUCCUGCAUCCCCAAAGAUAAAAAAAGACCAAAAAAAAUAAAAUAAAUUAAAGAGCUUUGGGGUCAAAUGGAGGAUUAUGUGGUUAAGGUGAUAUUUUUGGGAGUAAUCUCAUGGACAACGUUGUUUUUGGUGACGAGGAAGGCCUUUUCAGGCCGUUCUUUCGAUUUUUGCAACCGCAUUGUGUCGACGGCUCACGCUUGCUCGGCCGUGCUCUUGGCGUCCCUUUCCGUACAAGACUGGGCUUGCCCGGUUUGCCCUCUCGCUUCUCAAUCUUCCCCUAACCAGAUGAAAACAAUUGCAGUAUCAGUGGCAUAUUUGAUAUAUGAUUUGGUUUGCUGUGUAUUUGACAAGAAAGUCAAGGUUGACAAUGCAAUUCAUCAUCUGGUCAGCAUUGUUGGUCUUCUUGCUGGGCUUGCUUAUCAAAGGUGUGGAUCAGAAAUGGUGGCAGCCUUGUGGAUUACAGAGAUGUCAAGCCCAUUCUUGCAUUUAAGGGAGCUUCUAAAAGAGCUUGGGUAUAAAGAUACUGACCUCAAUUUGGCUGCUGAUAUUGCUUUUGCAGCCAUUUUCACAUUUGCGAGGAUGAUUGGUGGGCCAUAUCUCACUUAUGUCACCCUUUCUGCACAUAACCCCCUUCUAAUUAAGGCAAUGGCUUUGGGGCUACAGCUGGUGAGUACAUUUUGGUUCUACAAGAUUGCAAGGAUGGUAAUGUUCAAAUUGAGUAGAAGGACGUCCUCAUCCACCAAAACCCAUUGAACUCACGUUUAACACGCACAAGAAUAAGAUCCAUAUUACAUUCUUUUUGUGCUUACAUGAAUUUAAAAUAUGUUACAUUCUUGUUGAAGCAUUGUGUAUGAAUUGGCACGUAAGAUGCAUGGCUUGUGUAAAACAAGACUUGUGUGCUUGGGCAUUCAUUUUUCGUGGCAUUCAUGGCGAGUUGAACUAGAUUUUUUUAUGGCUUCUAUAUUAGUUUUCAUCAUUGACCUGUUGUUGACCAAUUCUUGACUGAUUCAUGGAUAACUUAAUGAAUUGUUU